GUUUUAAAAAUGAUUCUGAUUUUCUAGGAGAAUCAGGAGGAUCAGCUCCUCAUGAGGAUCAGGAUCUGGAGCUAAAGAAGCAGGAGUUGGAGCUUUGCCAAACGGGCCCUUAAUAACUGCGUUCUCAUGGACCAUUGUCAUCUUUACUUCCUGGUCUUUAUUAAGCCUGCAAUUUUUCAUUUUUUGUAAAAGGCGUCAUCCUAGCCCAACAAAAGAUAUGCUUGAGCCAUUACUCCGGCCCCCUUUGGCAGGGCCGCAGGGCUCCUAACGGCUUCGGCUCUGGCUUCUCUAGCUUCUUGGUUUCUCUAGAGAAGCCAGAGCCGUUUUGUAAUUCAUUUGGUAAAACAGCUUCUCACGAGGAGACGGUGGCAGAGACUGUAAUUUCGUGAAACAUUAUUGUGUGCCGGAUAGAAGGAGCCGGUAGAAGUUUGUUUUCUCGUGCUUCGGCUCCUAAUAGCAAAACGGCCCUGGCUCUUUGAUGGCUCUCCGUGAGGAGCCGUUUUUUUAAUACCGUUUGGUACGGCUUCACGAAGAGCCAGAAAAAGAGCCACCGAGAGAGCCCUGCUAAAGGGGGCCUCCAUAUCGCCUCUUCCGGUGGCCUAAUUCUGAAUGUGUCAUCCUCAAAGGCAUUAUUAGGUGAAUCACUUGAUAAACCAAAGGUUAUAUUGUUUGUGUAUUAUUUUGCUUUUUUGAUACUUCAUUAUAGAUGAUAAUAUACUCUUAUGCUGACUCUUUAUUACUACAUAACAUGCACAACAAUGACUCAUGUUUGAACAAGCUUGUUAUGAUAUUGGAUACCAGAUGCAUGGCACAGGUGAGGGAAAUGAAGUCCCCAUUCUAAUUUACUGAUUCCAAUGAAUCCAUAUAACUUCCCCUGUUGCGACACACAGACAAUUUAUUUAUGCAGUGGAGACUUACCUUUUUUCUGAGUACUACCAUUACGAGCUUGCAGGCUUUUCUUUACAUGAUUAGAUACUCUGAUGCAUGAAAAUAAUCUCUUUGAUGGGUUGUUUGUAAUUGUGAAUCUGAAGCCAUUCAAGUCCUGUAUUUAGGCAUUUUCUUCACAUGCCCUUCUAGCUCAUAGGCCUUCAGGAUUAUUGUGGUUCAGAACCUAAUCUAACCUUUCUUUUUGUUGCCUGCGGCAGCAUGAGCAUGAGUGGUCUGUUGCAAAAGUUACUGUGAUUUUCUAAGCGAUGAAAUUAUUAGCUUACAGGUCAGGAGGGUAUAUGCUGACAACUUUUGCAUGUAAAAUACACGGUGCGAUGCGACUGAUUUAUAUGUUGUAUGGACAUGUAAAGCUACUAAAAAAGUUGUGGAGAGUUAUUGGUUGUGCCGUACUGAACAGCACAAGAAAAACUUCUAAACAUGUUCUUCAUUACGAACUUAUGGUACCUAAGAAAUGCCUAUGUCAAGCUGUCAGGAAAAGUACCAUAGAUAUUAUACUUUCUUGCCUUAUCAGCCUUAGCAUAGAUAUUAUACUUUGUUACCUUGUCAAGCUUGAGACGAUGACAUUAUCUUUUGUAUAGUACAUUGCAGUAUCAAUUUCCAUCUCUUAAUCAUGCAGUACUGGUGGAAACAUAUCUGUUUGUUUUACACCUAAUGAUAAGAAUAAUCAUCAACAUAUUUUUCUGUUAACGAAACAAUAUAUAACACGGUGACACUGUGUACGCGCACAUGUACGCGCACUAAAUACUAGUUUCCAUUCCACCUGUCAUGGACAUGUAUGAUGUAUCUCUUAAUAUGGUUCUAUUAUAAAGAAAUGUAUUUCCCUUUAUUACAUACUAUAAUAUUAUCAGAUUUUUUA